CUUACUUAAUACGCACAAAACAUGGCGGACGACGACAGUUUUCCCCUCGCAGGAGACGGCACAAGCGGGACCGGUGAGGUUGACGGCAGCAUCGCCGGCGCAUCAGGCAUCUCCAGCGGCGGAGUGGUUCUCUCCCACGGAGCCAUGAUCGCCAUCAUCGUCGUGGUCGUCGUGGUCGCGCUUUUCGGCGUCGCAACCUCGGUCCUCUUCUUCGUCGCCAAGAAGCGCGAGUGGACAAUGAGAGAAACCCUCCGGAGGUCGGCAAGGAAGGUGGUCACCGUCCUCACACCGCGGCGGUCCGAGUUCCCCAAGUCGGUCAAAGAGUCGGCGGGAGGGCGGGGCAAGUACGACGACGUGCCGCCAACACCAAGGAUCAAACCCGAGUACCUCGACCUGGAGAAGGGGCAUGACAAGCCCAAGAAGAAGCGCAACUUCAGCCGGAAGUGAGGGUUAGCGCCAGCGGAUGGACAUGCGGUGUCAGGUCGGAAGGGCCGCGGAUUGGAGAUCGGAUCAUAGAUCCCUGGGAGAGACAGCGAAGGAACGACUUGUUUUGAGCAUUUGGCGAUUCAUGAAGGGAACGAAACCGGGAUACCACAGUUUGGCUUGUAUAAUAUAGGGUUCGACGGGGAAGCUGGUGUCUAUAAUCGGCGGAAGGUGUUCGUGCUCGCACUCCGCCUGUCCUGGCGCUUGAUCGGUGCCGGCGCGGGCUGCCGCUUCUUUUUAGAUUCUGGUACAAAUAUGAUUUGUUGCUCUCCAACGACGUCGCCUGUCCGGACCUUC